UCCGGUUCCGGCCUGGGGAGAUUCCGUUUUGGCGACAUGAAGCUGCUCACCCACAACCUGCUGAGCUCGCAUGUGCGGGGGGUGGGGCCCCGUGGCUUCCCUCUGCGCCUCCAGGCCACCGAGGUCCGCAUCAACCCCGUGGAGUUCAACCCCGAUUUCGUGGCGCGUAUGAUACCCAAGGUGGAGUGGGCGGCGCUUCUGGAGGCGGCGGAUACCUUGCACCUGGUCGAGGUACCCAAAGAGCCGAUUGAAGGGUAUGAGCAUGACGAGAAGUUUCUGAGGAAGAUGCACCACGUGCUGCUGGAGGUGGAUGUGUUGGAGGGCACCCUGCAGUGCCCAGAGUCUGGACGUCUGUUUCCCAUCAGUCGUGGGAUCCCCAACAUGCUGCUGAGCGAUGAGGAAACUGAGACUUAAUGGUGCGAGUCGCUAGUUUUUCAUUCUGUAACUGUGUUCAAGGUCAUGUGUAUCCCCAACCCUUGAGCCAGUGAUACGCAAAACAGUGUUCUUGAGCUCGAUAUAUUUUUUUUUUCUCAUUAAAGGUUCAAAACCA